AUGGUAUUCUACAACCGCUCGCUCGACUCGCAGCCAAUUCCCGUCUUUGCGGCCGCCAUUGCCACCGUGUCUGCCGUAACUGUUGUGUUUAUAUCUUACUCGAGAAAACAGCUCAAUCUAAAGCAGAUGUCAGGAAAGCUAAAACUUGCACUAUCUGAACAAAUAAGAAGUAUGAUGGGUUGGAUGCUUACAGAUUCACAUAGUCAACGAAGGAAGAAAGGAUCUGUUUAUGGGAGCAAAGAUAGCAUGGGAGAAACUGUUCAUUCAAAUAAUGAUGUGAGUGAUGAGUUCAAAUUCAGGGAAAAUGUUGCUACUGCUAGAGAAUCUGUCAUUGCAGUGGCAUCUCAGUUUCAGUCAGAAACAGUCGGUUCAAGUUCCCAUGAUUACUCGACUUCCCAAGCAUCUGAAACUAUGGAGAUAUCAUGUCUGCGUAAGGUAUUAUCCAAUCAUGGCGUUCAAAAUGUAGAUGAACACCCAAAUUCAGCUGCUUCUAAAGUUGCAGUAAUGGAGACUGUGGUUGGCGAUUCUCUUUUGCCAGCAGCUCACAUACAUGAAGAAACAAAUCAGUUUGGGGGUCGAAAAAUUGAAUUCCUCGAAAAGGAUGAUACAAAUAUCUUUAACCAUAUUUUCAACAGCUCUGCACGCAAAGGACUGCACACCAUUGACAAGACGUCCCUAGAACAACUGGACAAUCUGGAACCAGCACCAUCUUAUGCUACCCUUCUGAUGAAACACAGCUAUUCCUCGCGCAUGUACAGUUCUGUGGGGGGAGGAUCGAAUCUUGCUGCAUGCAAUGCUAUCUUACCUAUAGAGAAGUCUGAAGAGGAUAAGCCAGUUGGAUAUCACAGUCAAGGCUUUCUCUUCCAGCAGAAGGAUUCAAUACAUAGGUUGGAGUUAAGAAACGACAACAAAACAAUUCAUCGUGAUUCGCCCAAGAACUCACUCCCACCUUCUGAUCCCAGGGAUAAGCUUAACCACGACAAGCAUAAUCAUUCAUGGCAAUUACGUGUUUACAACCAACUUUUGAGGGAAGGAAGGUUAAAUGAUUGCAUAGAGUUGCUUGAGGAUUUGGAAGAGAAGGGUUUGUUGGAUAUGGAUAAGGUUUACCAUAGAAGGUUUUUUGAAGUUUGCAAAGUUCAGAAGGAUGUUAGGCAGGCAUUCCGCUUCACGAAAUUCAUCCCAAACCCAACCUUGAGUACGUUCAACAUGCUUAUGUCUGUUUGCACGAGCUGUCAAGAUUCCGAAGGUGCUUUUCAAGUUCUUCAACAUGUUCAGGAGGCUGGUUUAAAGGCUGACUGCAAACUUUACACUACUUUGAUCUCAACCUGCGCUAAAAGUGGCAAAGUGGAUACCAUGUUCAGAGUUUUCCACGAAAUGGUAAAUGCUGGAGUUGAACCAAGUCUUCACACAUAUGGCUCACUCAUUGAUGGUUGUGGAAAAGCAGGGCAAGUUGCUAAAGCUUUUGGUGCCUAUGGAAUACUCAGAUCUAAGAACGUGAAACCAGACCGAGUAGUUUUCAAUGCGCUUAUCACUGCAUGUGGUCAAUCAAAAGCAGUGGACCGUGCAUUUGAUGUGUUAGCUGAAAUGAGCGCAGAGAAACACCCCAUUGACCCUGAUCACAUUACAAUUGGUGCACUGAUGAAGGCUUGUGCCGGUGCUGGUCAAGUUGAUCGGGCAAGAGAGGUUUACAAUAUGAUUCAUAAGUACAAUAUUCGUGGCACUGCAGAGCUUUAUACUAUUGCAGUGAACAGCUGCAGUGAUUGGGAAUUCGCCUGCAGUGUUUAUGAUGACAUGAUAAAAAAAGGUGUCGCUCCAGAUGAGAAAUUUAUCAGCGCCUUGAUAGAUGUUGCCGGGCAUGCUAGAAAAGUUGAUGCUGCUUUUGAAAUUGUGCAAGAAGCUAAGGCUAGAGGGAUGCAUGUUGGAAUAAUUUCGUACAGCUCGUUGAUGGGAGCCUGUAGCAAUGCCAGCGCCUGGCAGAAGGCAGUGGGUCUGUAUAAGGACAUCAAGAGAUUGAAUUUGAAGCCGACAGUGUCAAUGAUGAACGCCUUGAUAACUUCUUUGUGUGAUGCUGAUCAAUUGCAGAAGGCCAUGGAAAUUUUACUUGAAAUGAAAGGCUAUGGACUGCGUCCAAAUACUAUAACUUACUCCAUUCUUUCAGUGGCAAGUGAAAAAAAGGAUGAUCUAGAAGCUGGCCUCGCUCUUAUUUCUCAAACAAAAAAAAAUGGUGCGACUCCCAGCCUUCUAAUGUGCCGAUGUCUCAUAGCUAUGUGCUCAAGGAGAUUCCAAACUGCUAAUACACUUGGUGAUCCAGUGCUGUCUUUCACAUCUGGGGGAGUUCAGAUUAAUAGUAAAUGGACCUCCUUGGCCUUGAUGGUGUACAGAGAAACAAUCCUAGCUGGUGUCGUACCUACUAUGGAUGAACUAUCUCUAGUCUUGGGUUGUCUACAGCUUCCUCAUGAUGUAUCUGUGCGGAAUAGACUCAUUGAGAAUCUUGGAGUUAAUGCUGAUAAAUCAAAAGAUGCAAAUCUCUUUUCCUUAAUUGAUGGAUUUGGGGAGUAUGAUUCCCGCUCCUUUUCUAUAGUUGAGGAGGCUUCUUCUCUUGGAGUUAUUCCAUUUGUCUCUUUUAAAGACACCCCAAUCGUUGUUGAUACAAGAAAUUUUCACGUUCAUACAGCUGAGGUAUACCUCUUGACAGUUUUGAAAGGCCUCAAACAUCGGUUGGCAGCUGGUGUAAAGUUGCCUAAUGUAACUAUUUUACUCCCCGUAGAAAAGACACAAAUUCAGACUUCUUCUGGGGAGAAAAUAGUUAAUAUUGCGGGCAGGAUAAGUCAAGCAGUUGCAGCCCUGUUGAGGAGACUUGGAUUAUCUUAUAUAGGAAACGAGUCAUAUGGAAAGAUUCGAAUAAAUGGCGUCACUAUAAGGACGUGGUUCCAGCCAAAGCUUCGUUCUCGAUUUGACGCAAAUAAUAUGGAUUUUAGCUCAUCCGUAAGACAUCUGGGUUCGGGAAUAAGUCGUCAACAGUUCAAAAUCAGAACCGACCAUUUUUCAUUGGAAUAA